UGCCUGACGGCGACAUCAGUUGAAUGUUAGUCAUGGCAAGAGUCCUGCAACAUCAACACGUAUUGUGGAUCUGACACUUUCCAGCCGCUUCCCUUGUGGAGGUAAUGUCCCUCGGGUUGAUGGACCAUUAUCUUCGUUUAGGUUCAUUUUCCGGGGCUGGGUUGGCUAACGCGACGGCCGCCGGAAAUGUGCCAUGGCGACCGGGCAUCGGUCCUGGCAUCUGUAUAUCGUUCUCCCAACCUAUUCCUGUGAACACCUUCACAACAACCUAUCAUAAUGGCUCCGAAAACACUGUACGCUUACCAAAAGCGACGAAGGUAUUUCUGCGGCACGGUCAUCCCGAGGCCGUUACCACCGUGCAACAACGCUCGCCGCUUCUCUCAGGCACAUCCUUUGAAAUCUGGGUAAGCCUUCAGAGCAUUUGGCACUCGGAAUCGUCGCAAUUUAUCUGCUCAGUGGCCCCGGAAACACGAGUCAUAGCCGAACGUCACCCUCAGGGCCAACUUCAGGUGUCGCUUCACAAUGUAUCCUUCCGUGGAAAGCUGGCCGAGUCCGUCCGCUUCAGCUUCUAUCGAGGGGAAGAUGCAACGCGUUUUGCGAUAUGUAUUCGCAAGAUACGGCAGAAAAUUAGCGAGAUCUCCACUUUAGGUUUAUAUCAGACGGAGGCCGUGGGACAUACAACCUCAGUUCGAGCCGGAUUGCUGGGAGACAAUAAAACACAUGCGCCAGAAUUUACAGCGACAGGCGACGUUGCUGCAAUUACGCAGGACCUCGUACCAAAUCCGUCUAGUUUGCAAGCUUCCACACCCCAAGACCAACCACUCGCCACCAUGCCUUUGCCGCUUGAUGGCGACGAUUUGCGUUUCCGAUCCGCAGCCCAAAUGCCUCCAGACCCGCCGCAGCCACAUACUCAAGGACAGGGUGCAGAGUCAGGUGGCGUCUUUGUGAAAAGCAUUCGUCAAAGCACGCAUAUGUCGGAUAGAUGGUUCGAUGAGCUCGACGACUUGAUCAGUGUUAUGAAAGCACCCAAGAAGGUAAAGGGAGAUUAUCGAGCUGUCAAGGUGGCGGUAAUCGAUACCGGUCUUCAACCAGCAUUUGGUGUCCGGAUGAACGUGAUCGAAUGGAAGGACUUCGUCGGCAGCAGCUCAAAAAUGUGUGAUAACACAUGGCAUGGCACCACUUCUGCCACACUCCUGAUCAACGCAUGUGAGAGCGCCGAGUUAUACAUAGCAAGGGUGUUUGACUCGAACAACGCCGACCAUGAGCACGGGCCGCGCCUCAUGGCUCAGGCUAUCGAAUGGGCAAUCGACCCCACGCGCCGAGUGGACAUCAUCAGCAUCUCCGCGGGUUUUGCUCAACAUUCCACCGUACUUCAAAGAGCAAUUGAUCAAGCCAGCAAUGUAGGGGUGCUCAUCUUCGCCGCCGCGUCGAACUGGGGCAAUCGCGGCCGCGUCGCCUUCCCAGCCCGCCACAACCUCAGAACCAUGUGCAUAUUCUCGACCAACCCAGAUGACCAGGCCUCGUCCUUUAAUCCGGAGCCUCGCGAGCACGCAGAUAACUUUGCCAUCUUGGGCGAGGACCUGGCGCACCCCGCUGACCCGAUGAUACGCGAGAGCGGAACCUCCAUGGCCACUGCCAUUGCCGCCGGGUUGGCGGCUCGGAUUAUUGACUUUAGCCGGCAUGCGGACAACACGACCAUCGAGCGCGUGGGUGAUGUGGGCUCCCUUGCGGGUAUGACGGCUAUCUUCCGGUUUAUCUCCAAGAGAGCUGGUUCUUUCCAAUGCGUUUCGCCGUUACGGCUCUUGCCGGAACGACAUAAAUAUAACGAGCCCGAGAGGAACCGCGCGUAUGUGCGAGAGAGUCUUCAUCGUGCUAUGGAGAGUGCGGACUAGAUUGAAGCUUCAGAUUGCAGCAGAUGACAGUAUUCUGUUCCACCACUCGUCUUUGUAACAUUGAGCUCGAGGUAUAUAUGCAGAUGACAAACUUCUAUAAUAAGGAAAAGGAUGAUGUUUCUACGCAUCGUCUAAAACCACCAUUAGGGCCUCAUCAGCCUCGUCACCAGUGACAAUCUCAAAGCGACUCAGUCCCUCUCCCAUAAGGACUUUCUCAACAUCCAGAUCCUCGUCUUCUUCUUUCUCCACUCCAAACGUAGCCCCUGUAGU